AUGUGGAUUCAGACGGUAAUUAAAUUCAACACAUUUGGGGAACUGCAAGUUCUUGCAGGAGCUAACAACCAUGUGAUCUGGACCCAUAAUCAAAAGACGGUGUACAUAAAGAAGGGCUCAUAUGUUACGGUCAAAGAGCUCGACACAGACCACAGUGGAUCCCUGAUUCUGGAGAACAUACAGAUAAACCAGUCUGGGAAGUACAAGGGUGAAGUCUAUAGUGAUGAUGGAACAUUUAAAAAGGGAAAUGAAGCACAGCUCUGUGUGCAAGAGCCAGUGGCCGAACCUACAGUCAUCUUCAAGUGUGCAGAAAAUGGAGUCACUUUAACUUGUAGUGCCUUAAACCACUCCGAGGUGGUUGUAUCAUGGAAAAAAAAUGGAAAGAAAGAAUCCAACAUGGCAAAUGCUGUUUUACAUGCAAACUCAUCUGACCUCAAAGCUGGAGAUAAUUUCUCUUGCACAGUCAAAAACAUGAUAAGUGUAAAAUCAGCUAAAGACGUUCAGCCAGUAUGUUCUGAUACAGAGAUGUCUGAGAAGACAUUUCUAUUUGGCUUGGACUUUCGGUGGAUGUUGGUGGUCCUGACAGGAGGUGGCACUUUCCUCCUCAUACUUCUCAUCUGCAUAGUCGGUGUCUGCUGCUGCUACAGACGGAGACACGUGAAAAAGGAGCAAGAUUAUCGGCUUGCCUUUCUAAUGCCAGAUAAAGACAAUCAGCCUGAUUGCCAGAACAAUCGGGAAACUGCAUCUCAAAGGACAUCCGAAGGCCAGAGUCCUCUUCCACCCAUAUCCAACCCCCGAAGACCACCUAGUUUUCCACCCUCUUAUAUAUAG